UGCCGCACUCACCGCAGCUCGAGCCCGACUGAAAUCACAGACACGGGCCUUCCUCUCCAGCAUCCCUCCAUCCAGCUCUCAUUCCCGGGGGAGGGGGGAGUAACCGACAAUCCGUCUGCAACAACGAAGUAGUUGCCGGAUAUUCAGCGCGUGUAUUUCACUGUUUUUACCUCAACAACUGAACUGUGAGCAGCAAAAUUACAAGCGAUGGAAAGAAAGCGUCCAGGGAUGACCUCAGGGGCACGAAUGCCCCAUCAAGGAGCUCCCAUGGGGCCUCCCGGACCUCCAUAUGGAGGAACGCCACCUAUUCGGCCAGGAAUGCCUAACCCAGCCCUGGACCCCAACCGAAAACGGCCCGCCUCAACCCAGCCUGUGCAUGCUCCCCCCAUCCAGAAUCGUCCUAGAAAGAAGCCACUUGGAUUUCCAGCAACAAAUGAGAUAUCUGCAAGACAGAUGGACAUGAGAGAAGCCCAGUCAGAUCCUCCGAUUGGAUCCAAUGCCAAGAGAAGAAAAAUGGCAGACAAGAUUCUCCCUCAAAGGAUUCGUGAGUUGGUGCCCGAGUCUCAGGCAUACAUGGACCUCCUGGCAUUUGAACGCAAACUUGAUCAAACCAUUAUGAGGAAGAGGGUGGACAUACAGGAAGCACUUAAAAGACCAAUGAAGCAAAAGCGCAAGCUCAGAUUGUACAUUUCAAACACAUACAACCCUGCCAAGCCUGACGCAGAGGACUCAGAGGCCACCAUUGCAUCCUGGGAGUUGCGUGUAGAGGGCAAACUGUUGGAUGAUCCCGGGAAACAAAAGAGGAAGUUUUCUUCCUUCUUCAAGAGCCUGGUUAUUGAGCUGGAUAAGGAUCUGUACGGCCCUGACAACCAUUUAGUGGAGUGGCAUCGCACCCCUACGACUCAAGAGACAGAUGGGUUCCAGGUGAAGAGGCCCGGUGAUGUGAAUGUUCGCUGUACUCUGCUCCUCAUGUUAGAUUAUCAGCCUCCCCAGUUUAAAUUGGACCCACGCCUUGCACGUCUUUUGGGCAUCCACACUCAAACCCGCUCCUGCAUCAUUCAGGCAUUAUGGCAGUACGUCAAAACCAACAAACUGCAGGACCCUCAUGAGAAAGAGUACAUCAACUGUGACAAAUACUUCCAGCAGAUCUUUGACUGUCCUCGUCUGAAGUUCUGUGAGAUCCCACAGCGACUGACCAACCUCCUGCUGCCACCUGAUCCCAUUGUGAUCAAUCACAUUAUAAGUGUUGAUUCAAAUGACCAAAAAAAGACAGCCUGCUAUGACAUUGAUGUUGAAGUCGAUGAUCCUCUUAAGAGUCAAAUGAGUGGAUUCCUGCUGUCCACAGCCAAUCACCAAGAGAUUGCAUCUCUAGACAACAAGAUCCAUGAAACGAUUGAGUCCAUAAACCAGCUGAAGAUUCAAAGAGACUUCAUGCUCAGCUUCUCCAGGGACCCUAAGGGCUACAUCCAAGACUGGAUCUGCUCCCAAAAUCGGGACCUCAAGCUGAUGACAGAUACAGCUGGAAAUCCGGAGGAAGAAAGGAGAGCCGAGUUUUAUAACCAGCCCUGGUCUCAAGAAGCAGUUAGUCGCUACUUUUAUUGCAAGAUUCAACAACGAAGACAAGAGCUUGAACAAGUUUUGGCAAUGCGAAAUACUUAAAUACUAAACCGUUCUGAGAAUGGAUCGACAGUUGAUUUCUUUCUUUUUAUGUGGUUUGGUCUAUGAAUCUGAUGUCAUUUAAACAGACCACCUCCCUGGAAAACUUCUUUGGUUUUAAUCCAUGGACUGAUUUUAACCCGUUGAGUUGCGACAUUGGAAGAUAUGUGAUGUUGGAGGCUGUAUAAAGUUGUCAUUGUUCUUUUUUAAAGGUAUGUUUAAUGUACAGAUGAUUGUAUAUACUGUCAAAAUGACCUUAAAAUGUGGCUUGAAAGGAAUGUUACAAUUUGUUAACCAGUCACACAGCAGCUUUUGUAAUUGUUUUUAGAUCUAUGUUUUGAUGCACAUAAAGUGCCGACAUGCUACUGAUUUUGUGCGUUUUUUCACUUGCUGUUGGAAAGGUAAAAAUGAAAUGAAUAAAACUUUUUAAAGACUGAGAAACAUUUUUUACCGAAAAACAUGACAUGCUAAUUGUUAAACUGUACUGUAGAUGUUGACUGUACAAAUGUUGUUUUUUUGUCACAGGACAUGUUUGAAUAUUAUGUCACGUUCUGCUUGCAGCUUUUCUUUUGUCUGUUAUUGCUUGUGAACUUGCAUUGUUCAAAAGAGAUCAUCAAGAAAUCCACUGGAAACCUUUAUUUGCAAUAAGAGUGACAUCUAUUGUCAUCAUUUCCGAAACACUGACUGUGUAUAGAAGUUAGCAAUUAAAAUUCAGGCUAUGAUUAACUAAAUCAUUCUGGUUUUGCUAAUAAGAAGUGUUUAUAAAUGAUGUUUGAAUAUGUCAUCAUCUCUACACUCCAGUAAAGCAAUUUUAUUGAAAAUGUGUUUGUAGGAUACAAUAAUGCUUGUUGCAUGAUUGUAAUUUUGUGUUGACUUUAGUGUUAAGCAUGAUCUUAAUGCCUUAAAUAAAGCACUGAGGAUUCACAUGAAGCAUUAACCAAAGGUUAAAUACAAUUGCAUUAUCCUUUUGAAUGCCAAUAAAUGACUUCAUUCU